AUGUGUCUUAUCGUAAAAUCCUAUAGAGGCGGCUUAUCUGCGUUCUAUCCAUACGACAGGCUACAAAAACCACAGGGAAAACUCGCACGAUUGCGAGCACAACUUCUCGAGCCCACCGCCGGAGCUGGAUCUGGUGGUGGCUCAGGAUUUGAUGUGAGCAAAAGUGGCGAUGCACGAAUAUCACUCGUGGGAUUCCCAUCAGUGGGCAAGUCAACCCUUUUAUCAAAGAUUACCAAGACAAAAAGCGAGGUUGCAGCGUACUCUUUCACCACGCUCACUGCGAUCCCUGGAGUUUUGGAGUAUGGGGGUGCUGAAAUUCAAAUUCUCGAUUUGCCGGGUAUUAUUGAGGGUGCUGCGGAAGGGAAGGGGAGGGGAAGGCAGGUUAUAUCUGCGGCUAAGACUAGCGAUCUAAUCAUGAUGAUACUUGAUGCUACAAAACGCGCUGAGCAACGGGCUCUCCUGGAAGCUGAAUUAGAGGCUGUUGGUAUUCGGUUGAAUAGAGACCCUCCCAAUAUCUACUUAAAAGUGAAAAAGGCAGGUGGAAUGAAAAUCACAUUCCAGUCGCCGCCUAAGAAGCUUGAUGAGAAGAUGCUCUACAACAUUCUACGAGACUACAAGAUUUUGAACUGUGAAGUUUUAGUCCGAGAUGAGAAUGCCACGGUUGAUGAUUUCAUCGAUGUGAUUAUGAAAGACCAUAGGAAAUAUAUUAAAUGUCUCUACGUCUACAACAAAAUAGACAGCAUCAGUGUCGAUUUCCUCGACAAGCUCGCACGGGAGCCUAAUACGUGCGUCAUGAGCUGCGAACUAGACCUGGGCAUUCGAGACGUCGUUGAUCGGUGCUGGAAGGAACUGCAGUUGAUGCGGGUAUACACCAAACGGAAGGGAGUCGACCCUGAUUUUUCCGAGGCGCUAAUUGUCCGAAACAACGCUACGAUUGAGGACGUAUGUGACCGGAUCCAUCGGACGCUGAAGGAUAAUUUUAAGUAUGCGUUGGUUUGGGGCGCCAGUGCGCGACAUGUGCCGCAGCGGGUGGGGUUGGGGCAUGUAGUUGCGGAUGAGGAUGUGGUGUCGAUAGCGACGAAGUGA